UGUUAAGCUACGCACGAACAACACGUUUUUCUUUUUUCUUUCGGAGGUCUGUAUAUGUGUUUGUCGGUCUCGGUCUCCAUACAACAAACGCACGCGCUAAAGUAGUUUCAUUUGUUUGUUAUUAUUUUUCUCCUUCUGUUUUUCAGUUCACUGAGUAGAGUCUUGAGUUGUAUGACUGUGCACGACGCGCUUAGUUGGUUAAAGUUUUUUCUGUUUGGUUUUUAUCUAAAGGUAUCUGAAGUUUGAGUUACACUGCUGCUUGUGGUUGAUUGCAACUUGUCAAUGUAACAACGCAGAACUUUGGUCGCAUUCGCGCGCAUACAUCUCACCGGGCGGUGUUCAAUAUCGGAUCGAUCGGUUAAAUAACAACAAAAAAAAAAAAAUAAAGCAAGCAAAAGAAACAGAGUGUUUAUUUAAGAAGAAAACAGCAGAAAACUAAUCUUAAAAAGAAGAAAAAAACUGAAGUUUUUUGACUAGCCAUUGUCAUUUUGGAGCGUUUUUUGUAAUUCCGGUUUUUCGACUUUUUUCAACUUCAUUGACAACGAAGACAUUUUGUUUACAACGAAAGGAUUAUUUGUUGGCGCUUAUUUAUUGUCAGCUUAGAAAAUUGCCUUAAUAAUUUUUGGAUUAACAACGAAAAAAUUCAUAUAAGGCUGAUUGUUUAAAAAGCAAUGCCAUAAUGGAACCCAUGACAGCUCUAGUAUUGGCCUUUCAACUAUUGGCCCUAUUCUCCAUUGCUGGUGCCCUUAUUAUCUAUUUGAUUUGUAAAGUUCGCGAUGACGAUGUCAAAAAGGCCGAACAUCCUAAAUCCAAUACCGUUUUGGUCACCAGUGCCGAUACCGCUUUAGGCUUGCAAUUGUGCACCCAUUUGGCUAGCAAGGGUUGUCGGGUAGUGGCCGGCAUGAAAGAUGGUGUAGAUAGCUUGCCUGCCAAACUUCUUGUUGGAUGGUUGAAAAUGCGUGAGUUUACCGAGGCCCCUGUAUCGGGUACCAUAAUACCCAUGUUCUUGGAUGUUACCAAGGAUGAUGUUCUGCGUGAGGCUACUGAAACUAUAGGCUCGCAUUUAAGUGCUGGCGAACAAGGCAUAGCGGCUGUCAUCAACACCAGUGGCACUUUCUAUCGGGGACGCAUUGAAAGCCAGGAACUCUAUCAAAUGGAACAGAUGUUUAAGACAAAUAUUUUGGGAUCUUUGCGUAUAGCCAAGGCUUUUGUUGAUUUCCUGAGACCCACUUGUGGCCGUUUGAUUUACUUGGGUGCUGCCAGCGGAGGUCAUGGCGAUGGUUUGAUCGCUUACAAUGUAUCGCGUGUGGCCACAGAUAAAUGUGUACAAGAAGUACGUCGUGAAUUGCAACCGUUUGGCGUAAGUGUGGUCUGUUUGGAUACUUGUGGUUUGCAUGCCGAGACGCUCUAUAAACCACCAACUGCACAAAUUUCCAGCGGUGCCCCGACAACCUACACGGCCAAUGUUUUAUGUCCCAGUGCUUUGAGUGUGGUGGAGAGAGCUUUGUGGGAUCAAUCACCUCAUGAGCGUUACUCGUUAUUGGCCUCCAACAAAUAUCAAUUCGCGUUGCCAUGCCGUUCUUCAUUGCGUUCAUUGUCCAACAAGAGCAACUCCGACAACAACGUCAAUAAGAAGCCUUUGGAAAAUCAAUCAAUCGGUGGUGUACAACGCGUCUGAACGACCAAUCAACCAACGAAACAGAGAAUGUGGAAAUUUCUGUUUGCAUCUGCAAUAACAAGGAAUUGAUUGAAUUUCUUUUAUGUUUUUUCAAAGAUAGACAAACAACUAUUCAAAAAAAUGCACAAAAGGAUUUUGUUACCAGAAAAACUUAGUUGUAAUGAGAGGUAGCGAAAGCGUUGGCGUUUAAGCUUGCGAUUUCGAUGCAAAAGCAAACAAAUUC